AUGUCCGACAAGAAAGGAUCCAACAACCAGCAGUGCAGCCUGCUUCCAGCACCCGAGCGAUACGAAGUCUCCACACCAGAGUUCGACACAGCAGCCGACGAUGAGCUAGACCCCACCAAGCGAUAUCACAGAGGUGUCUUCGCUGAAAGAGGUCCGGAGGGCAAAGGAGACCUAUUUCAUGUGACCGGCGACAUCAUCGCCGCCGGUGGCAUGAAAUUCAAGGUGAAAGAGGGCAUGGUGCCUAUAGAGACCAUGCAUUAUUACAGAACCAAAGAGGUUGGAUGGAUUUACAAGGCCGAUUAUCCAAAGAUAUAUGAUAUCUUAGACGCCUUGCCCACACCGACCAAACAGCAGGGACUUGACUUUUGGAGCCAGGGACCUGGGCGGAAUAGGCUUACAUUGACAUGA